AUGCCACAUUCAGUCCAUCCUACGCCAAGGGGAAAUACGCCUGAUUCACGCAAAGAGCAAGACCUUUCAAGACUUUGGUGGAAUAUCAAUGUCCCGCAGGAGCAAUGGACAGAAGAGUGCCCGCCGUAUCUGCUUGGGCAGAGUGAGAAGAAUAUUGGGAUAUUGAGCCGCAAAGACGAGGAAUUUGAACGAUUCACUUGGCAACAGGUGGAGGAAUUGGUUCGGACGAACAAUAUUCACCAAUUCCAGCGAUCAUCAAGCCAGCUCCAGGCUUACCUAGCCUAUGUCUACCAUCUCAAGAAGACCUACGGCUCUGUCCUCUCCUAUAUUCAAGAAUACCGCCUCCAUUGGCCGACCAACACCCCCAGCGGAGAUGUGCCAUUCAGCCGCCCUUCCGACUAUAAGAUUUUAUAUAACGACUGGCCGUACUUUGUCGAGCAUGGGAUCCAGCACCUCGUCGUGUGGACGAAAUUCCAGAUCGACGAGAUUGAAGAGACAGGAGAGGUGACCCCGGAGGCGACGAGGCAGAUCGACGAGUUCAUCAAAAAAACCUUCUGUGAGGGAGAACAUGGAAAGAGGAUAGAAAGGGAGAGGAUCGUAUGGUUUAAGAACUGGAAGAGCUUGAAGAGCGUGCAUGCAUUAGGCAAUCGCUCCUCCUCAGAGGAUCAACGAGAUACCAACGAUGAGGACACUAUGGUCAUCGAACCCGAGCAGGGAAACAUCCUUUUACACAUCAUCUCACAGUUGCGCCCCGGUGCCGACCUGUCUCGGAUCACUCUCCCAACCUUCAUCCUCGAGGAAAGAUCGAUGCUAGAAAGAAUAACGAAUUUUAUGGCUCAUCCCGACACACUCCUCCCGAUGCCCUCCAUCGAUGACCCAAUCGAACGAUUUGUCUCGGUCGUCAAGUUCUAUCUUAGUGGCUGGCACAUCAGGCCUGCUGGUGUCAAGAAGCCCCUAAACCCGAUCCUUGGGGAAACGUUUACUUGCUGGUGGGACUAUCCGGACAAAACGCGAGGCUAUUAUAUCGCGGAGCAGACUUCGCAUCAUCCACCAAAAUCUUCGUAUUUCUUCAUGGCACCGCACCACCAUAUUCGGGUUGACGGUACAUUGAAACCUCGCAGUAAGUUUCUGGGCAACUCAGCCGCCAGCAUGAUGGAAGGCAUUUCGUAUCUCAGAUUCACCAACCGAGGGAAGUCCAAGGGCGGUGAAAAAUACAUCCUAACGCAGCCCAACAUGUAUGCUCGAGGGAUCCUUUUUGGCAAGAUGAAGUACGAAUUGGGCGACCAUUCCUACGUACGAUGUCCGGAAAAUGGGCUGGCUGCAGACAUUGAAUUCAAGACCAAGGGCUGGGUCGGAGGCACCUACAAUGCCAUCGGAGGGUCCAUCAGAAAUGAGCGGACGGGGGAUGUCCUCUAUGAACUGUCCGGAAACUGGUCCGGAGAGAUGACCAUCAAGGAUACCAAGACCGGCCAGAAAAAGAUCCUUUUCGACGCCACGCAUGCCAAACACGCCCCGCCUUUAACCCGGCCACUCGAAGAACAGGGAGAACGAGAGUCUCAAAAACUUUGGAAGUCGACGGUACAGGCAGUGCACGCAAGGGACCAUGAAGUCGCUACAACCGAGAAAGCAAAAAUCGAAGACCGGCAAAGAGAAGAGGCGAAACGGAGAGAAGAAUUGGGUGUUGAGUGGAAGCCCAAACUGUUUCGAAGAGUGGAUGCACGACCAGGGUCUCCUGAAGAAGGCGAGGAGGACUUAGAGUGGAUUAUCAACGCACAUCUGGACCCGAAGGCCAGUCCGGAAGAGCUUGUGGAAAAGAUUCUCUCGAUUGCUCCUAUAAUUCCGGGUCAAGUUGCAAACUCUGAGCAAGACACAAGGCGCCAGUCUCUCGAGCGUCACGAAAAUACGUCUCACCAAGCAGCAGGUGGUUCUGGCCACGGCCAUUUGAAUGCCUCGGACAAUCUGAUUGAUUUCGAUUCUCGGCCACCAAGCACAGCGCCGCCAGAGAGCCACCCCAAGCAGCCUACCUCACAACCACAACAGCACGCACAGCAAAAGACGGCGAAUUUGAUGGACGAUGACGGUGAAAUGUCACACAUGAACAACGAAAUGUCGAGAAUGAAGAUGCAUGAAGCCAUGGUACCGGAGGGUCAGAAGCCACUGAGGAGGGCAGACACAGACACUAGCGAGAUUGAUACGUUUGUUGAUGCAGAAGGCUGA